UUCGAAUCGUUGAAGCACAGAAAGACUUCUAGCUUAGUUAAUUGAGUGUACGUAGAGAGAUACGCAGCUCACAUACAUCGGAGUCUUUGUCGGCCGCCCUUUCAGGCUUCGCAGCUUUUGUCGCAUCCUCGACCGGCCGUCAAUCUCACUUCGCAAUCGCCCUUCCUUCACCACCCAUCGCAUAACCACUUAUCCUCUCCACCCUUGGUGUUGAUUUGCCGCUAUUUCCUCGUUCUGCGAUCGUAACCCCAAGCUUAUGCGCGUUGCUUUUGCAACUGCAUCCGUGUCCCCGUCCAUCCGCCCACGUCCUCCCUUCCCGCAACACCUACUCUCCCAAUUCCAAUCCGACACGACCGUCGCGUACCGGAUACCUUCCCAUUAGAGCUACAAUGGCUCAGCCGAUGGACAAUGUCGUCGACCAGGUCGCCCAGCUCAACGCUGCCCGCAGCCUCGUCCUCGGUGAUGCCGCCUUUUACCCGCAGAUCGUCAACGGCAUCCUUCCUAUUGUCGGAGCUAGUACAAGGCUAGAAUUGCGACGAUGGGGUGCAAACUUCCUGGCAGAAACCUUUGCUAGCCCAAUGUUAGCUGUUGCGCAGAAGGAGCAACUGGCACCGAAUGUCCUACAAACAAUCCAUGAGAUUCUAGAGUUGCCGGAGACAGAUACGGCAGUCCUACAGAGCUUAGUACAGACUUCAGCUAGCUUGUAUCCCCUCGUCUUCAGACAUGUAGUGAACCACCCAGAAGAUGGCAAGUCAUGGGAGACGAUGAGUGCAAUUAAGCAGGAUAUACUUAGGAGAAUGGACUCGUUCCCAUGCCCGGUUAAGCUUUGCUGUGCCAAGUUUAUCCAGCGCGUGGUCCAAGUUCAGACGCCUGGAUUGAUCUCGGACCCCAGGCGACCUGAGCAGAAUGAGACGUCUCUAGCUGUUGUUCCCCGAAACCAUGCUGUUCUGUCAAUACCAAACCUGGAAGCGGAAUCCUCAGGUCUCCUCGAUCGACUUCUCGGUGUUUUCCAAGAAGAGACCAGUGAUGCUCUUCUUGUGAACGCGACCUUGAACUGCCUCGCACCUCUCAUCCGGACGCGCCAGUCCGUAGCAAACAAGAUCAUCAAUGCAGUUUUGGAAUUUUAUCCCGCGAAACAUGUCCGCCCGCCGUUUACUCCGACAAUUCGUGUCAGCGUCAAGUCCAUGGAGCGCACAGCUCGAGCUCUGCUUAUCAAUAUCUUGAAAAAGAACCCCAAUCACCCCCUGGCGGGUCGGAUGCAAAUGUACAUUGAACGUCUAAUGCAAUCACGACUUGAGGCCACUGAUGACGCUUCGCGGAAACGUGGGUUGCCAAAUGAACCUACUGAUGGGCUUGACAACGCUAAGCGGGCACGUCUCAAUGCUUUGCCUCCUACAAUGCUUAAGAUUCCUCCAAUGACACCGGGGCCUGCAAGCUUUGAUCGACUCUUCACCCUGACCGAGGACAUUGGACUGUCCUCCUUCGACGUAAAACAGCUGCCCAUUGACCUACUCCUCAAAAUUGUUGUACCUCUCUUGUCGCAGGUACAUGAUUCUACACUUUCACAAGCUGUCGAUGCUGUCCGUACUCGAUAUCAGACAAUCACCAAAGAUCAAAACUUGCAACGGCAGCAGCAACAGAGAGCAGCUGCCCAAGAUGAGGAUGAUGACUAUGAGCCCGAAUACCAGCCCAUGGACGUAGCAUCCGUUGUUUCAGAAGAGGCCAGUGCCGUUGCGGCGGAAGUAGCAGAUCUACAACCAGAACUAGUCUCUUUGGGUCCCUUUGUUCUGCCACAGCCACCUCCAUUGAGCGAAGAAGAGGCCGGAGAAAUCGGACGGAGUGCUGUUGCACGUGUGUUCGGCAUGUUGAGCGCCGCCGAAACAUCGCCUGCGGCUGCCAAGGGUCAAAGCCAACAAAAGCUCGGGUUCGCCAGGUUAGCAGGCAGUACAUUUGACCGGGACGCAUGGUCUGUUCUUCUUGCUCGUUUGGCUACACGGGCUCCUGCCGGUCUCGAAAAUGACCAGCAAACCAAGGGAGACGCCGUACGCAGGCAAACAACUAUUGCUGACUCGAUCCGUGAGACGCUCUAUCGGUUCAUCUUGGAAGAUUUCCGAGGACGACUCAACAUUGCCAUUAUCUGGCUCAAUGAAGAGUGGUAUAAUGACCGGAUCCAAAUGAAGAGUGCUGCCAACCAGCGUGAUGACACCGAGGAAGACUCUGAACCGACUGUGGCUCUUAAUUACGAUACCUGGGCCACCCGACUUUUGGAUGGCUUCCUCGCUUAUUUGGACUCUCGAGACAUCAAGGUGCUGGUCCGCUUUCUCAGUGAGGUCCCUGAGAUCACGAUUGCCAUCACUCAGCGGGUGGCCAGCUUGGCCAAAGAUCCGGAACGUGUUAACCUUUGUGUUCAAUCAUUGAUGUACCUGAUCAUGUUCCGACCUCCAGCGCGAGAGAUGUGCUUGAAUACAGUAGAGGAUGUCUACCAGACUUACGAGGAAUCCAGACCUGCUGCGGGCAAAGUCCUCACCAAGUGGCGCCCGCAAAGUACAGUGCUGGAGACAGCUACAAAUGACGCACUGGAAUCAUCCGAGGCAAAGCCCAUUACUUCGGAGCCAUAA